GAGAUUCUGUUUCGAUUCCAGUUAGACCUGAAAAAGGUUCUGAACCCUUCAAACCCAAGUCGAAAUUCAUUCCAAAUAUUUCUAAGAUUCUGAGAGGAUGAGAUUACGACAAUAUGUUGCCUUCUGGGCCUUGUCCAUUUGUUUAAUUGGUAAGGUUUUAUCGAAAGACAAAAUGGAGUGGAACUUGCAACGACCCUUGUUGCUCAAAAAGUUAAGGGCUUUACUCAAGGCACCGGAAGUGCCCCAAGGGAAGAAUCAAACCGAAUUAAUCUUGACAGAAAUCAAAUUGGUUCUAUCCACAUUGGCAGCCAACAGACCACCUCCGUCAAAAGAUCGAAAGAGUCGUCAACUUUGUUACUGCCCUGUUGGUCAACCAGGCCCUCCAGGUUAUCCUGGUCGAAAAGGCAUCCAAGGAGGAAUGGGCCAACCAGGAUCAAAUGGUGCCCAAGGCCCUACAGGUUUUGAUGGAUCUUUUGGGCCACCAGGACAACCAGGAGAGCAUGGCCUUGACGGAACCCCUGGCACACCAGGAGUUUCGGGACCUCCAGGCCUGGCUGGUCCUAAUGGCACUCCAGGUGCGUUAGGAUCUCCUGGAGUUAGAGGAUCCCAAGGUUCAAGAGGGGCAGCCGGGCCAAUUGGAGGCAUAGGUCCAGUCGGCCAAUCUGGAAAAGCAGGGCCCAGGGGUACAAUUGGGGUCACCGGUCAAAAUGGGGCGCCUGGACUGCCUGGCGCAACAGGUAUAUUUGGCGUUGGAGGAGCGGUAGGCUCGCCUGGAAGCCCAGGAAAUAUCGGUACUCCUGGUGUAGACGGAAGACCAGGUAUCAUUGGCAAUAAUGGGGCACCUGGAACACAAGGUUAUGAUGGAUCAGCUGGAGUGGUAGGACCACCUGGAUUGGAAGGAUCGCCAGGAAAAGAUGGACAAAAUGGAAAAGAUGGUACCUCCGGAAAAGAUGGGGUUAUUGGACUCCAAGGUCCUCAAGGAGAUUUUGGCCCUCCGGGUCGUACGGGAUUGAUGGGAAUCAAUGGAAUCAAUGGCUUAAAUGGUGUAGAUGGAUCUAAUGGGACUCCAGGGAGACUAGGAUCUCCUGGCCGUAUGGGAUCCCCAGGAAUAAAUGGGGUGCCAGGAGCUCCAGGAUUACAAGGAGCACCUGGAAGUUCUGGACCAAAUGGAGCUCCUGGAGUGAACGGAAAGAACGGAUGGAAUGGACAAAUUUACGCCACUCCUCCCCCAAUUGACUGUGACGGGCCAGACAUCACAACAUUUGAAAACACAAAACUUGAUAAGAAAUUUGCUUCGUAUUUUGUUUCAUCCUUUGAAGCAGAAAGCUUUGAUGAUGCUAACGCUUAUUGUGAAGGCGCAGGAGACGGUAUCUUUUUAGGAACUAUGCACAAUCAAGAAGGAGCCGACGUUUUCAUAGAAGCUUUUGAACUUUUAAGACAAGAAAUUUACGUGGGCAUCACAAAAAGUGAACGACUUGUAUGCACAAAUGAGGAGUGCACUGGCUUAAUAACAUGGGAAGGUAAUAAAGGGCUCUACAUGCAUCAGGAACUAGGAUUUGCAAUUAUAAGCGACAAUCCUACUGCAUUUUGUUACCGAGCAAGAGGAUUUAUGGGAAACGGUCUCCUGCGAGUGGAUGAUUUGUGGUGUGACGAAAAUUUUUUCUUCAUUUGUCAAAAGGAUAAACCAUUUGAAUGUAUCAAUCAAUAGUAGCCCCUACACCCCCCUAUAAUAUGAAAAACAACCUUGUAAGCGUUCAAGAAAAAAGGAUCCGUUCAAGUCAAAUCUUGUCAUCAAAAAUCAUGAUUUAGAUGUUUAAUGAUUAGGGAGCACUGAGAUGAAACAAGUUUCUCCUCUCUCAUAAAUAUACCCUACUACCGGACUAGUUUUGUUGACAUAUUCUUUCGACAAACCUUAAAUGACGAAGUAACACUAGAAUUUUCUUUGACCAUAGCGCAUUAAGGCAACAAACUCUAAUUCUUUAUGUAUCAUUCAUUCGAUUUGCAAAUAAAGAUCCU